AUGGAUAGAGACAGCCAGAACCUAUGGACUCGCCGUUCGAACUCCAGCAAGCUCUCCGUUUCCACCCCCCAUACCGACCGCAACGAUAGCAAGAACGAUCAUCCUGCGCGCACUUUUUCGAGCUCCAAGCGCUUUGGUGGCGCCGAUUCGUCACACGGGAAAACAAAUCCUCUCAACGCCAUCUCCCCCUUAACCACCAACAACACCUUGUCACCAAUAUCUGGGGGCUCCACGGCCUUUGGCCUCGGCACCGGCGCAUUUGCGUCAUUUGGCACGAAGACACCCAAGACUCCCGGCACAGCGUUCGACUUUGGCAAAUCUGCGGGAGCUGCAUCUCCGUCCACACCCAGCGAAAAGCGGGACAAAAGAGCAAGCGGAGGCUCUGCCGCACCGGCUCGGACUGCAGCGCAGACGACUUCGGAGGAAAGCACAACGUCUAGCGCAUCUUCUGCAGGACUGGACGCGCCAUGGCCUCUAAAAUACACUUGGAUCGUCUACUAUAGGCCGCCCACAUCCAAGAACUCGGACUAUGAGCAGUCGAUACAGCCCAAGUGCAAGAUGGCUACUGCGCAAGACUUCUGGAAAGUCUAUGCGCAUCUUACCCGCCCUUCCUCUUUGCCUACCGUCUCCGACUACCAUUUCUUUAAGGAAGGUAUUCGCCCCGUUUGGGAGGACGAGGAGAACAAGAAGGGCGGCAAGUGGAUCUUGAGGCUGAAGAAAGGUGUGGCGGAUCGGUACUGGGAGAAUUUGGUGCUGGCCAUGAUCGGCGACCAAUUCGCCGAGGCUGGAGAGGAGGUCUGCGGUGCGGUCGUGAGUGUUCGGAGUGGUGAAGAUGUCAUCAGCAUCUGGACUAAAAAUAACGGUGGCCGAAACGUCAAGAUUCGCGAAACUAUCAAGCGUGAACUGUCGCUUCCACCGGAUACUAUCAUCGUUUGGAAGAGCCACGACGACAGCAUAGCUCAGCGAACCGCAUUUGACCAGGCUCGUCAGGAGAAGACGACUCAUCAUGGUUCGGACAAGCGUCGUAGCACACUCAAUGCUGACGACUCGAAUCCGGCCAGGGAGAAGAGCAAUGCUACUUGA